UUGAAUUUUGAGGUCUUAAAAUUGGCGGUGUGAAUAUUUGUUUUUGGUUUUUGUGAAGAAGAAAUGAAAAAGUGAGAAUUUGAGGGAAAGAAGGAAGCAUGGAGGUGGGUAUGCUUCCAAUCUCAGCUUCAAAGAGAGGAAAACUCUUAGCUGCUGGUUAUACCACACUCGAUUCCAUUGCUCGUUCCUCACCCACCCACCUUGCUCAAGAUAUUCAAGUUUCUGAGAGUGAAGCCUCAGAAAUUUUGAAUUUUGCAACCAAGACUAUAGCUUUGGACAGAUCAAAUGGGACUCACACUGCCGGGGUUGAUGGUGGUCAGACUGCUUGGGAUAUGCUCAAUGACGAAAAGUUCUCUUCUCAUAUUACCACAUCUUGUGCAGAUCUGGAUAACAUCCUCAGUGGAGGGAUUAAGUGUAAAGAAGUCACUGAAAUAGGUGGAGUUCCAGGCAUUGGUAAAACGCAAAUUGGGAUUCAACUUGCAGUAAAUGUUCAGAUUCCACCGGAAUAUGGUGGCCUAGGUGGGAAGGCAAUAUACAUUGACACGGAAGGAAGCUUUAUGGUUGAACGUGUUCUGCAAAUUGCUGAAGCAUGCAUAGAAGACAUGUCGGAAUAUAGCCACCACUUUCACAAGGAUUUUCAAGAUCGGGAAGUUAAAAUGCACCCUAAUAGUAUCUUGGAAAAUAUAUUCUAUUUUCGUGUUUGCAGCUAUACUGAGCAAAUUGCUUUGGUAAAUUACUUGGACAAAUUCAUCGCAGAGCAUAAAGAUGUAAAGAUCAUCAUUGUUGACAGUGUUACUUUCCACUUCCGCCAAGACUUUGAUGAUAUGGCUCUGAGGACUCGAUUACUCAGUGAAAUGGCUUUGAAGUUGAUGAAGCUUGCAAAGAAAUUCUGUUUGGCUGUUGUUAUGUUGAAUCAAGUAACUACCAAGCAUAUUGAAGGUUCAUUUCAAUUGACCCUUGCACUGGGUGAUAGCUGGUCACAUUCAUGCACAAACAGGAUCAUCUUAUUUUGGAAUGGCAAUGAAAGACAUGCAUAUAUUGACAAGUCCCCUUCUCUUAAAUCAGCAUCAGCUCCAUAUUCUGUGACCACUAGAGGGAUCCGUAAUUCUACUUCUGGCUGUAAACGAAUCAAGAUGAUGUGAGAUUUUGGGUAGGAAGAUGGUCUAUAACUCAACCUUCCCUCACACUUUUUGCUUAUUCUUUUUUCGAGUUUAGGACAUGACAAGAUUAUACAACAUGUUUCUUUUUUAGGCUUUCCUACAAUGCCAGCUUUUUCUGUAGGCUUGAAGUACAGUGAGUUUUGGUUUUAAUUUUAUAAAUUAGGCUCGUCUAAAUUGAGUGUCUCUGAAGUGAACAAACAAAGGGGUUUCCACCCUUGAUUUAAUUUAAAGGGCAUA